AUGAUUGAGGACAAAUACAUCGGCCUGGCGUUGGCCAUGUCAUCGGCCUUGGCCAUUGGCACCAGUUUCGUCAUCACCAAAAAGGGAUUAUUACAAGCUGAAGAGCGACACGGCUUCGAAGGCGAUGGAUUUGUGUAUAUGAAAAGCCCCAUGUGGUGGGCAGGAAUUGCAACUCUUGGCAUCGGAGAGAUAUGCAACUUCGCCGCCUACGCUUUUGCCCCGGCUAUCUUGGUGACUCCUCUGGGAGCUCUCAGUGUCCUGAUCGGCGCCGUGCUGGGAUCAUAUUUCCUGGAUGAGGAGCUUGGCACGCUGGGCAAACUGGGCAGUGCCAUUUGCCUGAUCGGUGCCGUCAUCAUCGUUUUGCACGCCCCUCCUGACGAAGAAAUCGAGACGGUCGAUGAGAUUCUACAAUAUGCCAUCCAGCCAGGUUUCCUGUUGUAUGCCUUUGCUGUCGUGGCUUUUGCCGUCUUCAUGAUCUACCGAAUUGCCCCCGUGUACGGCAAGCGAAACGCCCUGAUCUACCUGUCCAUCUGCUCCACCGUCGGCUCCAUCUCUGUCAUGUCCGUCAAGGCGUUUGGCAUUGCUCUGAAGCUCACAUUUGCUGGCCACAACCAAUUCUCGCACCCUUCGACCUACGUCUUUAUGAUUCUCACGACAGUCUGCAUCCUGACGCAGAUGAACUACUUUAACAAGGCUCUCGCUUCGUUCCCGACCAACAUUGUCAACCCGCUGUACUACGUCACAUUCACCACCGCGACUCUCUGCGCCUCCUUCAUCCUCUUCAGCGGCUUCAACACGACCGACCCUGUCAAUACGCUCUCCUUGCUCUGCGGUUUCCUCGUCACCUUCACUGGAGUGUACUUGCUGAACCUUUCUCGCGGAGAUCCUCACGGACAGAGACUGGUUGCGGGCCGAGGCGACUUUGAUGCUGCUGGCACGGAUAUGAUCUCUGGCUUUCAAACUCGCCGCAGCAUGCAAUCCCGAAGGAGCGAAAACAACUCGAGGCACAGCCUGAGCAGCUUUCACGGCGAUCGACAGGGUCUGAUCCGGGCCUACGAUGAGGAAGAGGCCGCGGGUUUCGGCCUCACCGACCUCGCCGACAGCGAAGACGACGACCGCCAUCUCAACGGUGCGAACGGCUCCAAUGGCAGGGCAAACGGCUCGGCAGAUGGCAAGAAGCAGUAUACCAGCAGUGACAUUGAGCUCGAGUCACGAAAGGAUGCCGACAGGUAG